AUGCGUCUUCUUCUUGCAGCGGCCUUCGCCGCGGUGCUUGUCUCAGCACAAGACACCCCAACUCCCGGAUGCACUGCACAGUCCUUCUCCAUUCCAAGCUGGCUGCUCGACAAUGUGGCAUACACCGACAACGCCGUCUCCUUCGACGUGCGGAACCGUGCAACCAAUUACACGGCCAGCUUGGUGUGUGAGACGGCCGAAGCGGGUGUCAAUGCGUGUUCCAUCGAUGGCGAAGCGUCGUCUAACGAUCCACUGGAGGCCUCCGUGGACACGACAGAGGAUCCGACGGUGUUUUCGCUCACGCAGAGCUGGAGCUGUGAUGAUCGGGAGAAGAACCUCACCUUCACAGCAACAGGCACCGCCUCCGCCCUCCUCAACUACACCUCCCCCCUCCUCGUCCGCGGCUCCCUAACCGCCCCGAUCUCCAUCACCCCCUCCUACCCAGCCGGCCCAACAGGCCACAACACCCCCGGCUGCACAUCCCGCUCCAACUCCCCCUCCUGGACCCUCACCACCAUCCACUACACCGACGAGCCAGCCGUAGGCAACUCCACCGCAGCCUACGAGAACUUCAACGUGCUCAUAACCAACCCGGCAAUCGCCUACCAAGCGAGUUGUAUACCCGGGGGUGGGGGCAAUGGGCUUGAUGAUGGGGGUGUGGCACAUUUGACGUGUGCUGGGGCGGAGUUUCAGUCGGGGUUCAUGGGGGCCUAUCCGAUUGGGACGAAGGCGGGGUUUGAUCCGGUGGAGAAGGGGUUUUGGUUGGAGCAGACUUGGUUUUGUGAUGAUGAGGAUGCUGCGAGGCCAAUCCAACUAACCUCCUCAGCCUCCACCACCCUCCCCCUAACCUGCACCACCUCCCCCGACCCCACGAAUCAAACAACAAACACCUACUGCGUCUCCGACCCGCCCACCAUCACCCUCACCGCCGGCGACGACAUCCACCCCAACAUCACCACCCUCCCACCCUACGUCCUCACCGACUCUAUCCCUAUCCCACCCUCCCGCGGCGAUGGGUGUACCCUGACCUCGCUGUUUGAGCCGGGGUGGGUGUUUAGUGCUUUUCAGAGUGUUACUACCAAUACCACUACCGGAGAUAGUGAAGAAGAAAAAGAGACUGUGUCAUUCGAGAUGAUCCUAGCGGCGCAGGAUAUCGGGUUUCAGUACCCUAUUCCAAUCUAUCAGGGGGAGGCUGGUGACGAGGAAGGGUGGUGGGCGUGUGAGAUUGGGGCAGACGGUGGGAAUGGAUUGCCGUUGUGGCCUUACGAGUGUCGGUUUAAGUGGGACGGGGAGACGAAGGGGUUGGUGGUGGAUGCGAAGUGGGAGUGUAAGGAUUUGGAUUUGGAGCAUCCGGUUCGGUUUAGUGGGAUUUCGACGAGCGUUGUUAACAGCACUUUGACGUGUGAAACGGUCAAUGGACAGUCUACAUGCAGCACUACCGAUCCCGGGUAUAGCUGGAGUGCUCCGAUUGAGGAUGUCACGUGGGGAGCGGAGUAG